CUCAAAUCGAAGAAUGUACUAAUAAUGAAUUUUUCAUGCUUUCUAGUAACAUGGUUUAUAACAAACUGUAAUAUCUCUUAUAAUGGCACAGUUUACGCAAGGGAAGUCUAUUCCUGUUAUACUAGAGGAAGCCUAUGAUGACGAUUACGAUCCUACGCAAGAAGAGCUAGAGGCAUUUGCUCGAGAAAUUGGCAUUGACCCUGAAUGUGACCCUGAUCUGAUGUGGAUAGCCAGAGAAGCCAUCAUGGCGCCAUUACCACCAGAAUGGAAACCUGUGCAAGAUCCAUCUGGUGAAAUCUACUACUUCAACUUUGUUACAAAUGAUUCAACAUGGGAUCAUCCGUGUGACCAGUACUACCGCGAAAUGGUUGCCAAUGAGCGGGCUAAAGUUGGAGAUGAGGGAAAAAAGAAAGGUGGCAAGAAAGGAAAAAAGAGUAAAAAAGCUGGAUCUCGAAAUAAGCCACUUCCUGCUCCCAGUGCUGCAUUAUCUGGACAGAUUAAUUUACUAUCACCUGGAAAUACACUCAAUGCAACACCUGUGCGGCCUGCAACUGCUGUAGGGCCAAGAAGCCCCCGAACAGCACUACUUAGUGCCGGAAUAAAGCAGCGUCAAAGUGAAAGCAAGAGUAUUACUGCAUCACUCACCCCUAGUGCAUUCCGGAAGGAAUCAGUGGAACAACCAUCCCGACCAAAGACAUCUCGAACCAGAGCUGAUAGCAAAGGUUUAGAAUUUGGUGGUGGCUUGACUGUGGGGGGUCCGAGAAACUUUGAACUUGGAGGAGGAGGGCUCGAGUUCGGCACGUCAAAGAAAAGCUUUCUGAAGAGUGCCACCAGGAGGAAGGCUAGCAGCGGCAGCAGCAAGGAUGCAGAUGCAGCGGAUGGGCACAACAUCCUUGCUGAGAGUCUUGGGAAAACAGAGUUUGCAGAGAGUCUGGACGAGGAACGUCCAAGUAUUGAUGCGGGAAGUCUAUUCAGGAGUGAAGAUAGAGACAUUCAGCACGUACAGUUGAAGUCUGAGUCAGACAUUAGCUAUAAG